UUUUUUUUUUUUUGGCUUCGUCUGUGAUGGUCGUCGUCACUCGAAGCUCGUCUGCAGCGGCCGCAGCAGGACCGAUUCGCGCCACACACACGGCGUCACAGGAGCCAGCAAAGCGCCGGCACAUUGCGAUGGUGCUUGCGUUGGUGUUUGGCAUUGCUGCCGCCGGGCUCUACGCGGCUUACGCGACGUUUCCAGAGCUGCCCUCAGAGCAAAGUACGGCGCUCCGAGCAGCAUUGAGCUGGCAGGGACUCGUUUCUGGCGACAAGCUCACCACAGUCAAAUUGCUGAGCUCCACUUUGCAAGAGAUCAAGAAAAACCACUUUGCGCACGUCCUCGCAUUGUUUAUGCUGACGUAUAUCUUCCUGCAGACAUUUGCUGUGCCGGGUUCAGUUUUCCUGAGCAUUCUAGCAGGCACGCUGUUUCCGUUUCCGCUGGCCCUUGCGUUGGUUUGCGUGUGCUCAGCCACGGGAGCAUCGUUUUGCUACCUGCUUUCACGGCAGCUUGGACGACAGCUUGUCGAGCGAGCAUUCCCAGAACGCCUUGCGACUUGGCGCGCGCAGGUCGAUCGGCAUCGCGACAACCUGUUUUACUACCUCUUCUUUUUGCGCGUGACGCCGUUCGUCCCAAAUUGGUUUAUCAAUGCGGCGUCUCCGCUGAUUGACAUGCCUCUCAUCACGUUUGCCUCGUCCACAUUUUUUGGCGUCAUCCCACUUUCAUUGUUCCACAUCCAAGGUGGCAAGCUCCUCAAUGAACUAACAACGACCACGCCACCACUUUCUGCGUUCCUCUUAUCUGGUGGUUUGGGUCUGAUCGCCCUGCUGCCGACUUUGUUCAAGAACAAACUUAAAGAGCGCAUGGACUGAGUUCACCCCCUCGAGAAUAGCAAUUUAUAGAAUAAAUGUCUUCAGGUUUGCCAA